AUGGCUGGAAAAAUUUGGUUGAAGUUUAUUCUUAAGAAAUGGAAUUGGGAGGUUUUUGGUGAUCUAAGAAUCAAAGUUAAAACCACAGAGGAGGUUGUUCUUGCUGCUUCAUUGGAAUCAGAAGAUGAUCCUGAGAACAUUGUUCUAUUAGAUAAAUUAGUAACUGCAAGGGGGAUGCAUGAACUGCCUGCUCAGCAGUAUAAUGAGUUAAUGAGAAGUAAAUCAAGAGUAAAGUGGGUGCAGGAGGGUGGAGCAAACACUGCUUUUUUCUAUGCAAACUUAAGAAUUAGAAAAGCACAGAAUAAUAUAAAUGAAUUGGAGAAUGCAAAUGGCAAUCUAUUUACCACUCAAGACCAAAUUGUUGAUACUAUUGUGACUUAUUAUAAGAAGAAAUUUGAAGAGAAGCAAGUGGAGUUUUUGGAAGAGUUAUUUGAGGCUAUACCAAAAAAUUUAACUGAUGAGGAUAAUUUUUUUCUAGAUGCUAUUCCUAGUCAAAUGGAAAUUAAGGAUGCAGUUUUUGGAAUGGGUGCAAACAGUGCUCCUGGGCCACAUGGAUUCCCUGGUAGUUUUUAUGGAUUUGCAUGGACAAUGGUGGGGACUGAGUUAGUGGAAGGCUGGAAGCCAUACAAUACUGCUGGACAAACAGAUUCAUACCAAAAGGCUUUAAUUCUAAUUUCUUAUUCCUCUUGA